AUGUUCCAGGACAUGAUGCAGCGAUCCAAUGAUUCCGAUGCGAUAAAGUUGUAUCAUCUGGAGAACUCGUUGAAGGGUGAUGCUGAAGGUGUCAUCGACAUCGAAACCCUACAAAGCAACGACUACGCAAGAGCAUGGGAGAUCCUGGAAGAACGGUUUGGCAACCAGCGGUUGAUCAUCGAGUCUCACAUCCUUGCCCUCUUGAAUAUGCAGAAGAUUUCCAAAAAAUCGUCGAAGGAUUUGCGCAGUUUGGUGGAUGAAUGUUCCCGUCACGUCGAUAAUUUAAUCAAGGUGGAUCAACGGCUCUCCGGAAUGUCCCAGAUGUUCGUUGUGACCCUAUUGACGCGUGUGUUGGACGACCAGACCCGUGAACUUUGGGAAGCUUCCAUCAACCAGUCCGAGCUUCCAGAUUAUGAACAAAUGAUUCACUUCCUGAAGCAACGGUGCGUGAUUUUGGAACGGUGCGAAAAUUCAACUCCUGCAACCCGCAAGUUUCCAGAUUCGAAGAUUCCUUCAUCCAAGCCUGACUUCUACAAGUCAUCGUAUGCCGCAACAGUAUCAUCAGAAUAUACGUGCGAUGUUUGUUCCGGUCAACACCAGAACUUCAGAUGUCCGGUCUUCAAGAAACUGACUGUUAAGCAGCGUCCAUUGGCUCCGAAACAUAUUUUGGACCUUCUCAGCCGGAUGGAGAAGCUCAUCUGCAAGCGAAAUGCGCUUAUAGCUCGGGUGAAAGCGGAGCUUUCGGUCGUGAAAGACCUCCACCUGCGGAAACCUUCCCGAAGCGAGGUUAUGGAUCGGCUGGACCAGCUCAAAGAGACAGCGGUCAGCUUCCGAGCUAUUCAAGCCGAAAUCGAGGAAAACCAGGAGGAUCCAGUAGCGAUUGCUUCAGUUUUCAAUGUGCGAGAGGACUUUUUCGGAGCUUUCUACAAGGCGAGAGAUGCCCUCGAGGAUUUGAUCGAGGAGGAGCAAUCAACGUGCAGCCAGCGUACGAAUGCAGAACCCGACGAUUGGAGGGAAGCGAUGAAGCUGCUCAUGGAGACGCAGCGGCAAAUGCUCCUGAAUCAGUCAACGUUAUUCAGAACUGCCGGCACUUCGCUGGCGCAAAAUGGCGGCGAGCUGGUUGACUAUGCUGUCAGAAGCGGCGAACAGGCAUCGAGUUGUGUACCCCAAGUGCGGUUGCCAGCAAUAAACAUUCCCCCUUUCAACGGCGAACGCAAAAACUGGAUGACCUUCAAGGACCUCUACGUGUCAACCAUCCACAAUCGGAAGGAUAUUUCGGAUUCCUUGAAGAUGCAGUACCUCUUCUCUUAUUUGGAAGGAGACGCAAAGCAGCUGGUCAACAAAUUCACCAUUUCCAGUGCCAACUAUGCGAAUGCGUGGGACACGCUCACCGGUCAUUACGACAAAAAGCGUUACACGGUUUUCGCCUUGGUACGGGAAUUUAUGGAUCAGCCGGGAAUCACACAAGCUUCAUCGCAAUCACUCAACAAACUCGCCUCGACGCUCGACGAAGUGGUCCAGCAGCUGGAUACGCUGGGGAUCGAAUAUCAAGGCCGAGACCCGUGGUUGAUCUACUUGACGCUGGAAAAACUGGACAACGAAACUCGUGCUGGUUGGUCGGAGAAGGUGGUCGACAACGAGAAUCCCACCUUCGAGGAAUUGAUGGAGUUCGUGAAGAAGAGGUGUGAGAUGCUCGAGACAUGCUCGGCAUUCUCGAAGAAAGCAACCGGAGAAGUGCUAAGAAAAGAACAAUCAAAAGUGAGUGAGAAAAAAGUGAAGGCAUUAGUGGCAAUGACCACGGACAAAAAGUGCGCGAAGUGUUCCAGUGAACACGCUACGUUUGUGUGUGAAGAAUUCAAGAAAAUGAACCUGAAAGAAAGAAGAGGAUUCGCACAGGAGGCAAACCUGUGCUUCAACUGCUUGCGGGCGUCCCAUUCAGCGAAAUCAUGUUUGUCGAAGUCGGUGUGCCGUACGCAGGGUUGUGGACAACGCCACCACACCUUGUUGUGUCCGAAUGUGAGUAAGGAAAAUGACGCCCCAGCAGACAACACGGUGAAGAGUGAAUCGCCAAAUUCGUCAGCCAUGGAGGAGCAGAUAGUUACUUCGUUGACGGUUGCCGUCGAUACCAAGCCGUCGAUCCCGGUGUUCCCGACCGCGGUAGUACAAGUGCGCAAGGACGACGGUACAUUCGGCCGUGUCAGAGUGCUGAUCGACUCCGGCGCCCAAGCGUCGAUGGUAACGGAAGACUGCGUGCGAAAGCUGGGACUCGUAAGGCGUAACGGAAAAGUAGUGGUUACUGGUAUUGGCCAGCAAGCUGCCGGUACCACUCGCGGCGUCGUCACGUUGCACCUCGCCUCGCGAUUCAACGAAAACGUUGUCAUCACGACAAGCGCCUACGUCCUCGGUAAACUAACGUCCACCCUCCCAUCGCAACGAUUCAACAUCGGGAACAUGAAGCUUCUGGAGAACGUUAAAGAGAUGGCAGAUCCCACCUUCAAUAAGCCCGGACCAAUUGACGUGAUUUUAGGAGCGGACGUCUUUCUUGCUCUCUUGGAGGGAGGUCAGGUCAAAGACGAAAGCGGCCAAACGGUGGCCCAGAGUACUGUUUUCGGCUGGAUCGCAGCAGGACGAUACGACGAAGCAGAGGUAAUGCAAGGAAAUCACGCCAUAGUCAGUCUGCACACGGAGAUGGAUCUCAAUCGAACGCUGCAACAGUUCUGGGAGUACGAGGAAAUCUUCAAGCCACCCCCGUUCACCCCCUCGGAAACGAAGGUCAUCGAACAUUUCGAUUCGACUACGCAACGCGAUGCUACCGGGCGCUUCAUCGUGAAACUACCAUUCGACGAUUCGAAGCCCGCCCUUGGUGAAUCCCUGUCGGCUGCAACGAAGAGGCUCAUGUCCAUGGAAAGGCGGUUCGCAUCCAACCCGGAGUUCCAUCAGGAGUACGUGAACUUCAUGCGUGAGUAUUUGGAGCUCAACCACAUGGAACUAGUUCCGGCAGACCAGCUGGAGAAACAGACCUCGGAGCACUACUAUUUACCGCACCACGCGGUGAUCAAGGCGGAUAGCAGUACGACGAAGCUGCGCGUCGUUUUUGACGGCUCGUGCGGCACAUCUACCGGCGUAUCCCUUAACGAUCGAUUGUUGGCAGGACCGAACAUCAAUACCGACUUGCUGUCGGUACUAUUGCGUUUUCGUUCAUACAAGGUGGCAUUUAGCGCAGAUAUCGCGAAAAUGUACCGCCAGGUGGUGGUGAGCGAAGACGAUCGCGAUUUCCAGCGUGUUGUGUGGCGUGAAAACACAGAUCUUCCGAUACAGCACUAUCGCCUUUCUACGGUGACAUAUGGAACGAAGACAGCUCCCUACCUUGCAAUUCGAGCCAUGAGAGAGUCCGCCAAGGACUAUACAUCGACACAUCCAGCAGCAGUUGAGCGUAUCGUUCACGACUUCUAUGUGGAUGAUCUGCUUUCAGGAGCCAACAACGAAGAAGAAGCAGCGUGCAUCAAGCAGGAGAUAAGCGAUAUUCUGUCCAAGUCCGGUUUCGAACUGCGAAAAUGGGCCUCAAGCUGCCCUAAUCUGGUACAGGACGAUUCUCCUGCAUCAGUACCGGUGAAGCUUUCGGAUGAAGCAGAUGCAGUUAAGGCGUUGGGAAUUCAUUGGUAUCCGAACGACGACCAAUUCGGGUUCAAGGUCAACCUUCCCAUCAAUGCGAUCAACACCAAACGCCAGAUGAUAUCGGAUGCAUCGAAGCUAUUUGACCCGUUUGGUUGGUUGGCACCCGUGAUCGUUAAAAUCAAGAUUUUGUACCAAUACCUUUGGCUGUACGAUGUCAACUGGGAUGAUCCCUUGCCCACUGCCAUCGAGUCGGAAUGGGUCGAAAUUAAGCAACAACUUCGCCAGUUGGAAACGAUACGGAUCCCAAGAUUCGUAACUCAUAACCGUGGCAAACUCCAACUGCACGGUUUCUCGGACUCGUCUGAGCAGGCCUACGCUGCCGUCGUAUACUCGCGGUGCAUUGAUGACGAAGGAAACAUCACGGUUUUACUGGUUGCCGCAAAAUCUCGCGUGGCUCCUAUUAAGCAAGUGUCAUUGCCAAGAUUGGAAUUGAAUGGUGCACUGCUACUGACCGAGCUCAUGAAGAAGGUGUCUGAGGCCUUGCCGAAUCUGGAAAUCGAACAUUUUGCCUGGACUGAUUCCACUAUUGUGCUACAAUGGUUAUCGUCGCACCCUCGUUCGUGGAAAACAUACGUAGCAAACCGAACGUCUGCUAUUCUCGAGUUCCUGCCUCGUGACCGGUGGCGCCACGUCAACAGCGAGUCAAAUCCCGCGGAUUGUGCUUCACGUGGGAUCUCUCCAAGCGAACUUGUUCAUCACAAGCUGUGGUUCCAUGGCCCGGAAUGGCUUAGCGCUGACGAGUCGGAAUGGCCAUCGAAUGCAGUGCAGCCUGUUCUCAGCGACGAACUACCGGAAGCAAGAAACAUGAAAAUCAUGCAUACCACCGAAACCUCAAUCACUCCGCUUCGGGACAACUACUUGGUCGAGCAGCAACUGCUCGAAAGGCGCUCCAGAUUCAACCUCAUCGUACGUUCGCUGGCUUGCGUCAACCGAUUCGUCCACAACAUCAAAUCUCGAACCGAACAGCGACACACCGGGCAGCUGAUUCCAAGUGAAAUCCAUCAAGCCAAGCUGCAGCUACUACGGGCUGCUCAACAUGAGGUUUUCGCACCUGAAAUAAAGAUACUUCGAAGUGGUAAGUUACUCUCAUCCAAAAACGUACUUGCCGCUUUGCACCCUUUUUUGGACUCCACUGGGACAAUUCGUGUUGGAGGGCGACUGGAAAAUUCAGACCAACCGUACGACAGAAAACAUCCAGUUAUUUUGCCGAAAUCUCACCGGGUGACUCAACUUCUGGUGCUGGAGCUUCACUUGCAGAACCUUCACGCUGGGCCAACACUGCUUACAGCAGUAAUCAAUCAGCAGUUUUGGAUCGUAGGUUGUCAGACGGUGGUACGAGACGUAGUACGUGGAUGCACCCGAUGCGUUCGUUUGAAGGGUAAAACAGCAACACAACUGAUGGGAAACCUGCCCCCGGCGAGAGUUUUGGCGACAAGAGCAUUUGCGUAUGUUGGCAUUGACUACGCAGGGCCACUCAAAAUCAAGGCUGGCUGCGUUCGAGGCGUUAAAGUCAGCAAAGGGUACAUUGUGGUCUACGUGUGCCUAUCAACUCGUGCAGUACAUUUGGAGGCAGCGAGUGACAUGUCCACAAACACUUUCAUCAGCACCCUGAAGCGGUUUGUGUCAAGACGCGGUUAUCCAAAUGAAAUCCGAUCAGAUAAUGGUACCAAUUUUAUUGGUGCAGACCGUGUUCUGCGAGAAUUCGUAGAUCAGAUCCAAUCACACACCAAGGAUGCAGAACGAUAUCUUUCUAACCUCGGAAUCAAAUGGGUGUUUAACCCCCCGUCGGCGCCCCACAUGGGAGGCAUUUGGGAGGCGGCCGUCAAGAGCGUGAAGUGUCACCUGGUAGCGGAAUUUGGGACAGAAGCAACAACGUUCGAAGACUUGACAACGAUAUUGUGCCAAAUCGAAGCCUGCCUCAACAGUCGACCAUUGUGUCCAUUAUCAAGUAAUCCGGACAGCUGCGAGGCACUAACCCCCGGCCAUUUUCUGGUCGGCCAACCGCUGAACCUAAUUCCGGAACCUGACGUUCGGCAUAUUCCACGGAAUCGUUUGGAUCAAUGGCAGGACAUGCAACACCGUUCAGUGCAAAUCUGGUCGCGUUGGAAGGAUGAAUAUCUCGCCAGUUUGCAGCCACGCACCAAGUGGCGUUCCGUUCACCCCAACAUUUCGGUGGGCCAGUUGGUGCUAGUAAAGAACGACAACGCUCCGCCCACCCAGUGGGAAUUAGCACGUGUUCAGGAGGUCCACCCGGACGUGUCUGGCGUAGUACGAACAGUUACGCUGCGACGUGGUACUACUGUUUAUCAGCGACCUAUCCACAAGUUGUGCGUGCUUCCUGGGCUGGACAAGGGAGCUGCCUCCGUUCAGAACGGUCAGCACACGGCGGCUCGGAAGUCAAUAAGGCUUCCGAGCCUAAUCGCUAAGGAACCGCCAUCGUCCCAUUCAGGACGAUUCCCUCAGACCGUUGGCCUUAAUCGCCAAGGAGGGACCCUUCUCGGCACGGUCGUUCCGGUCUCGUCCUGGGCCGUGCCGAUACCGUCAAAGAAGGAAGACGCCUGCCACCCAAACACCACCCAGCUAUGCCUGCUGGUCCCGUCGGCUAAGUACCGGGCCGAAACACCGUCAUCAUUCGCCAUUCCGGCGAGAGUUCCAGCCGCACAGUGGGAUACAAGUCACUGUGUCGGCCAUCGCACCCACAAAAACCCACGGCAGCGCUAUUGCGCCCAGCGGGUCUCGAACCCUGAUCGAGCGAUUGCCGGGCGGCAGCCGAUAGCCCCUAUACCAACGGGACUCAAUGAGAGUGAGAGUCAUUAA